AUGUGUACACAUUUUAGGACGUUAAAUAUACAUUAUACAUCAAAAGGUUUAUUGUCGCCAAAUUCGUCUUCAUUGCUAUUUAAACCUUUAAAUAGUAAUUCAAGGAUGACGACAACAACAAAAAAUAUUCCAACAGACAAUUCAUUCGGUUUUACAUCAUCAAAAUUACAAACAACAUGUAACAUUUGCAAACGUCUUUUAUAUUCAUUUGAAGAAAUUCUUGUUUGUCAACUAUGCCAUAGUGCAUAUCAUUGGCGUUGUGUGAGACCUGAAACGAUCUCUCACUAUGAUGAUAGUGCAAAUUUUAUAUGUGACAAAUGUAAUGAUAGUACAGGAAUAACAACAUCAUCAUCAACAACAAAUCCAUCUUCUCGGUUAUCAAAUGGUGGUAUGAAAAUCAAAUCACCUAAUUCAUCAGAAAUAAAUUAUCGAGAUUUUGCAAGUAUACCAUCAAAAUUAAGUACAACACCAACAAAAGAUACGACUGUUGUUAAUGCUAUUCGAUAUUUUGAAGAAAAACAACAACAACAGCAACAACAACAACCAAAUACAAUGUCUCAAACACAGGAAUUCAAUGAAUAUCUUUCAUCGCAAAAGGAUGGUCAAUAUAUUGAUGGUAGUAAGACAAAACGACAAUAUCAAGAACAACAAAAUCAUAUAGGAAGUGGCAACGAAAACACAACAACAGCAAUGUUUCAAGCUAAUUAUCAAUAUACACCACUUAAAGAAUAUGCUGCAUUGAGAAGUGAUCCAACGACGAAUGGUACUCAUACAUAUGUUUAUCAAGCUCCACCAUCUACUGAUACUGAUUAUCAAGUAUCACCUCAUUAUGGUGUUGGAGAUAGUCUAACUUAUACAGAUGAGGCUUAUGAACCAACAAAAUCUCAUCCUUAUGGAUCUGCAUUAAAUAAUUCAACAUCUUAUACAAGCCCAACUAGUGAUAAUUUAGCUGUUCAUAGUCGCCAACAACAUUUUAGUAGUACUACUAAUUUAAAUGUAAAUGGUACAUUAUCUCGUCGUCAACAACAACAAAAUAUUCCUAAAAGUUCUUUUACUCAAUCAACACCUUAUUUAUCGCAAAUUCGUGAUGAUGAUCCAUCAACAUUUAAAUCUUCAUGUCAACAAAAAGAUCAACAACGAUAUCCAGAUCGUCAUUCAAUUAUUGGAAGUGAUUCAGGUAUUGUUAUUGUUCAUGAAAAUCAACCACGUCGAAAAACAGAUGAUAAUCAAAUAGUUGAAAAAAAAUUAACAAAUUUAGUUCAAAAAUUAGGACGACAAUUAGAAAAUGAUACACAACAUUUAAGUGAAAAAUUAGAAUCAAAAUUAAAAAAUUUAGAACAUAUGAUAAAUCAACAAACAUUUGUUAUUCGAGAACAAGAUGGAGUUAUUGAACAUUUAAAAACUAAAAUAUCUAAAAUUGAAACAGAACGUGAUACUUUUCGAGACCGUUUAUCUGUUCGUGAACACGAUGAUAAAAAAAAUCAAAUAACAACAGAAAUAGAUAAACCACCAUAUUAUAAAACAUUUGAACAGGAUGAUGAACAACAAACAUUAGAUGAUGCUUCGACGAAUAGAAAAUUUUCCAAUUCAUCAUCAGUUACGACAGAUCAAAGCAAACGAUCGAGUAAAAAGCUUCCUGCUCCACGAAUCGAUCGUAAUGAAUCAUUUGUUACUAAUGAAGAUGAAUCAACUAUUGCUAAACUUAUUAAUACUUUUCCAAGUAAUCCAGAACCUAGUGUAACGGAUUCUUCAAAUUCAUCAGUGGCUGCUUUAUUAGUUGGAGCUGUGCCUUUAAUAGAAAAUCCACCUGCAGCUAAUCGACUUGAUACUAUAAUUCGUCAAACAAGUACAGAUGAUACAACUCAACCAACACCAUUAUAUUAUAAUCAAAUUGAUAAUUAUCCUUAUGAUUUCAAACAAUCUACUGACCGAACUACACCGGAACCAGAAGAAUUAUUUACAAAUGUUCGUGAUGAUGAUGAACAAAUCGGACGAAUAAUAACAUCUGGUAUGCAACUUAAUCGAUUAUCUUCAUCCUUACCAUCAUCUGCUUCAACAUCAAUACAGACUGAGAUAGAUAAUUUAACAUCAACAAAUAAUUAUACAUUACCUACUAAAAAUUCUAAUAUACAUCGAAGUUUGGACUUAAUACCACGUAAAACACCUCCAAAUGAAGAAGAAUUAAGACCAGCGACUAAAACAACUUCAUUAGAAUUAUAUCAAAAACCGGUGCCAUAUGAUGAACCAGCUUUAGUCUUUUUGACACCACAAGAACCAACUCAUGCAGCUUCACAAUAUCAAAAUGUUAUUAAAGGAUGGCUUCGAAAACAAAAUCGAGCUUCAAUUCUUAAACGAGUUGAACGUUAUUAUUGUGUUUUAUGGAACGAUACAAUUUUAAUGCAUAAACAAGAAAAUGAUAGAGCUCCAAAGAAAAGAGUAAUUCUUAAAGGAGCAAAAGUACAUCAAUAUGAUGAUCAAAAAUAUGGACCAUCGCUUGAAUUAACUUGGUCACCUCAAGCCAAUCGUACCAAACGUUAUCAUCUAUACUUCAUUAAUCAACAUGAAGCUCAACAAUGGUUAAUUGGGAUUCAAAAUGCUAUGGACAGUCUAUCAGACAGUAAGAGACAAUAG